CAGAGGCAUCAUAUCCACAGAGAGUAGAGGAUGGCAUUGGUGGCAGUGAGAGAAGAUAGCAAUGGAUAACAUCAUCAAAACUAAGCUUCACAAUUCUCCUUCUCAUUCUCAAUCCUCCAUAUCCUUCUACCUCUGUGUCUAUGGAGGCUUUCUCCGUACAGUCCCUCACUCUAACCACCAUCCCCUCCUCUCUGUCACAGAGAGGGGCCACUGAGAAACCUUGUGCCCAUGUCAACCUUUCCCAUUUCACAAGGUACCCUUCUUCCACAAGAUCAACAAAACACAGAAUUCGUUGCACCAGAACUCAAGCUUCAGGUUCAACUAAAUCUAGUGUGGGUACUGCUGAGGGGAUAUCUGAGAAAACAGACUCCAAAGAUGACAACUUGGUAUUUGUUGCGGGUGCUACUGGUAAAGUUGGUUCACGGACAGUGAGGGAGCUGAUAAAGCUUGGAUUUAGAGUCAGAGCUGGAGUGCGGAGUGCUCAGAGGGCGGGUGCAUUAACUAAGAGUGUUCAGGAAUUGAAGCUUGGUGGUUCAAGUGCAACUGGAGGGGGACAAGCUGUAGAGAAGCUUGAAAUUGUAGAAUGUGAUUUGGAGAAACCGGAUACGAUUGGAUUGGCUUUAGGCAAUGCAUCAACAGUGAUAUGUACCAUUGGUGCCAGUGAGAAGGAAGUUUUUGACAUCACUGGACCCUUUCGGAUAGAUUAUCAGGCCACCAAAAAUCUAAUCGAUGCUGCAACUGUUGCCAAAGUAAAUCACUUCACAUUGGUUACUUCACUGGGAACGAACAAAAUUGGCUUCCCUGCAGCUAUCCUCAAUUUGUUUUGGGGAGUCCUUGUUUGGAAAAGGAAGGCAGAAGAAGCACUGGUGGCCAGUGGACUUCCAUACACAAUAGUGAGACCUGGAGGUAUGGAGCGGCCUACAGAUGCUUUCAAGGAAACUCAUAAUAUAACCCUGUCAACAGAAGAUACUUUAUUUGGGGGUCUGGUGUCAAACCUUCAGAUUGCUGAACUCUUGGCAGUCAUAGCCAAGAAUCGUGAUCUAUCAUAUUGUAAAAUAGUGGAGGCAAUUGCAGAGACAACUGCACCGCUGACUCCCAUGGAGGAACUUCUUGCAAAGAUACCUUCUCAACGUCCUUACAUUUCUUCUCCCAAGAAACCAGACAUUCCAGCACCCAGUAUUCCAGAACCCCCUGCCAAUGUUGUGACAGUGGAACCUAGUAUUGCCACCGAGCAAGAAGCUUCACAACCUAAACCAGUGGCAACACAGCCACUUUCUCCCUAUACUGCUUAUGAUGAUUUAAAGCCACCAACAUCUCCUACUCCAUCUCAGCCCGGUGGUGAGAAACAAGCUAAGAUCAGUGAGACAGUGCCAAAACCAAGUGUUUCGGAUACUCCAAGUAGUGUGCCAGGAGUAGAUGGCAUCACUCAGGCAACAUCUUCACCCAAAGUGGAGAAGCCUCUUUCUCCUUAUGUAGCAUAUCCUGACUUAAAACCUCCCACUUCACCAUCUCCUAAUGCACCAGUUGUAUCAGUUUCCACAUCUGCUGCAGAUGGUGUGCCACAGAUAGACACAAUAUCAAGUAAUGGAACACCACAACUUUCAACACCAGAUGAACCGAAGGAGGAACAUCUCCCCGAACCCAAGUCAAGACCACUGUCACCUUAUACGAUGUAUGAGGACUUGAAGCCUCCUGCAUCACCAUCACCUUCCUUCAGAAAUUCCUAGGAAUUGCCUUUCUGUUCAAUCAGACAAGAACUGUUGAAAGAGACUAUGCGGCAACAACUGAUGGAUGGUGACUCAAAUAUGAAGAGAAUCAUUUCUGCUAAUUGAAAUUUUCAGCAGUGUCAUCUAUUUCUUUAUGACCUUUUUGGCGAAACUCAACAAACACUAUUGCUCCUUUUUGUAAUUUAUUUUCCCUGUGGUUGAAUCUAAACAAGGAAAAAGUAUCACUUUUCAUGUUCAA